AUGGCUUCCACCGAAUCCAUCCUCCAAGGCGUCGCCGUCCUCGGCAACAUCGACGACGCUCACCGCAAGAUCCUCACCCCCGAAGCCCUCGCCUUCCUGGCCCUGCUGCACCGCUCCUUCAACGCCACCCGCAAGAAUCUGCUCGAGCGCCGCAAGGCUCGCCAGACCGAACUCGACCGCGGCGUCCUGCCGGACUUCCUUCCCGAGACCAAGCACAUCCGAGAGAAUGCCACCUGGAGGGGCGCGCCACCGGCGCCCGGCCUGGUCGAUCGCCGCGUUGAGAUCACUGGCCCCACCGACCGCAAGAUGGUCGUCAAUGCCCUGAACGCCAAUGUCUGGACUUACAUGGCCGACUUUGAGGACUCCAGCGCCCCCACCUGGGACAACAUGAUCAAUGGCCAGGUCAACCUUUACGACGCCAACCGUCGCCAAGUCGACUUCAAGCAGGGCCCUAAGGAAUACAAGCUGCGCACCGACCGCAAGCUUCCUACCCUCAUUGUACGUCCUCGUGGCUGGCACCUUGAGGAGAAGCACCUCACCGUUGAUGGCGAGCCCAUCUCCGGCUCCCUCUUCGAUUUCGGUCUCUACUUUUUCCACAAUGCCUUUGAGACCCAGCGCCGCGGCUUCGGCCCUUACUUCUACCUCCCCAAGAUGGAGAGCCACCUCGAGGCUCGCCUCUGGAACGAUGCCUUCAACCUGGCCCAGGACUACAUCGGCAUGCCCCGCGGUACCAUCCGAGGCACCGUCCUGAUUGAGACCAUCCUCGCCGCCUUUGAGAUGGAUGAGAUCAUCUACGAGCUCCGCGACCACAGCUCCGGUCUCAACUGCGGCCGCUGGGAUUACAUCUUCAGCGUUAUCAAGAAGUUCCGCAACAACGCCAACUUUGUCCUUCCCGACCGCUCUGCCGUCACCAUGACGGUUCCCUUCAUGGACGCCUACGUCAAGCUGCUCAUCCAGACCUGCCACAAGCGCGGUGUUCACGCCAUGGGCGGUAUGGCCGCUCAAAUUCCCAUCAAGAACGACCCCGUGGCCAACGACAAGGCCAUGGAGGGCGUCCGCGCCGACAAGCUGCGCGAGGCCCGCGCUGGCCACGACGGCACCUGGGUUGCUCACCCUGCCCUCGCUGGCAUUGCUACCGAGAUCUUCAACAAGCACAUGCCCACCCCCAACCAGCUCUUCGUGCGGAGGGAGGACGUCAGCAUUGGCCAGAACGAUCUGCUCAACAUGAACGUUCCUGGUACCAUCACUGAGGCGGGCAUCAAGAAGAACCUCAAUAUCGGACUAGGAUACAUGGAAGCCUGGGUCCGAGGUGUCGGCUGUGUCCCCAUUAACUUCCUCAUGGAAGAUGCCGCCACCGCCGAGGUGUCCCGAAGUCAGCUCUGGCAAUGGGUUAAGCAUGGCGUCACCACUGCCGAGGGCAAGCGUGUCGACAAGGCUUACGCCCUGAAGCUCCUCAAGGAGUGCGCUGACCAACUCUCCGCCAAGGCUCCCAAGGGCAACAAGUUCCACCUCGCUGCCCAGUACUUCUCUGGGCAGGUUACCGGCGAGGACUACGCCGACUUCCUGACCUCGCUCCUGUACAAUGAGAUCACCGCCCAAGGUCCCCCCAGCCCUGCUUCUAAGCUGUAA